UUAUUUAGAAGUUAGUCUCCAUAUUUCUUUAUUUUUUACACCAACCAUCGAAAAUUUUGUUCAACUUUCCAAGAGGCCAACAAUAUGGCGUUAUCUCAACAACACAUCAUUUCUUCGUUGCAAGUUGCAUCUAUAACCUAUAUCUAUAAGGUUAUGGUUAAGACUUACGAAGUAGACUGUAACAUACUACGGAUGGGUCAAUAUUUAUGUCCAGACCCAAGCUACGAUCUCGUGGACCCGAAGACUCAACAAAUAAGGGGUUGCACCAAAGAAAACAAAGCAAAAGUUCCAUGCAUCGCUGUGAAUGGAUUAAAUUGUACAGAAACAGGAAAUUCAACGUUUACUAAAGAAGUGCCUUGCAAAUGGACCAAUGGUUACUCUUUUGAAACAGCGCUGCUGUUAUCGAUUUUCUUGGGAAUGUUUGGAGUCGAUAGAUUUUAUUUGGGCUACCCAGCGAUAGCUCUGGCCAAGUUCUGCACUUUGGGAUUCAUGUUUCUGGGGCAACUAAUCGAUAUAAUUUUAAUAGCUACUCAAGUGGUAGGGCCGGCAGAUGGAUCUGCAUAUGUGAUUCCCUACUAUGGACCUGCAGUAGAGGUUUUAAGGAGUGACAAUUACACAUAUAGAUUGAAGCAGGAUGAUUGGUGAAACAAACAUUUGAUAGAUUUUUGAAAUCGAGAAACAGUAAAUAAUAAAUAGACUUAUUUUACGUGCCGAUAUGAUUAUCCCUAAAGUUAAAGUGACUGAAGUGUAAGGAAGUCAUAGACAAUGAAUAAGAGUAUUUUUUUGUAAAUAAAUAAGUUCUACUGUUCUAAUACUUAAAUUCUAGACAUUUUUCAUUAAUAAGAAAAUGAUGAGAAAGAACUUGUAUAUAAUUUAGUUCACUUGAGAAAUAAAAAUGUAUAAAUAUUGUUACAUUAUAUCAGAGCUUCCAAAUAGCUGUAUGUGAUAUUAGUGAUGAAUAUAAGUAGUUAUUUAUUAUAAAAGUUCUUUUAUUAUUAACUUUGUAACUAUAAAGGCAGAUAUGUAGU